AUGGCCGUGGACGCGGACACGGCACACACGUCCACGCCGCAGCGGCCUUCUGUCAUCUCCCGCCUCGCGCGUCUGCGGGAACUGAAGGAGAAGGUGCAAGUCGUCGCCGCUGCCGCUUCCGCUGCCAAGCCUUCUGCGACUGCGACUGCGACUGCGACAACGACUGGGAACGCGGCUGUCGCUGCGGCCCAUGGGGCGCCUCACUCAAAGUCUGCAAUAGAUCACUCCAGCACUCACGGACCCACGUCGACAGCACCCACCGCCGCUUCCACUAUCUCUCCGCUGGUCACGCAAGGACAUGCUCCUUCCGUCUCUGCGGUAUCAGGAGGGACCGCAGCAUCGUUACUAGUAGCUCCGGCGAGCGCCGCCGCGGCGGCAGCGUCGGGCGAAAGCGCCGGCGCUUGCCCGCGGCAUGCGAGACGCGGAGAUGACUCCGCCAGUGGCGUCUCCGCGGUGCCGAGGGCGGCCGCAGGGGCGCUAGCUCCGACUGCUGCGCCGGACGAGGACGCGGAUGCGCGCGCCUGCGGUAACGGUGGGCUGAGUGCCGGCGGCAGCAGCUGCCACUACGGCGGAAGGAAGUUGGCGGACGAUGCUGAUCGUAAGAAUACUAAGAGUCUCGCGACGGGUUUCUUCCCUGAUCAACCGUCGAGCUCCGCAGCAACACCUGCAGGCACCGCGAACCCCACGGCGCGCGGCUUGCUGUGUCGACCAGAUGCCGCUCCGGCGUCCCCUUCCCUUCCAUCUCUCCCUCCUUCCGGCACUACGCCAUCCUCCGUCGCUGCGUUUUCCUCCCGCCCCGCAUCUGGCUCCCCUCCACCACGCCACCCGAUAACCCCCCUUCCCUUCAUGCCCUCGCUUCCUCCCCCUCCGCUUCCGCCUCUGCUGGCGGGAACAGCCCCGCAUGAGGCAGCUUCAACCGCGCGCCUUCCGCCCGCUCCCGGGCGCUUCCCGGCGCCAGUGACACUUGACACGCCUCAAAAGUCGCUCUCUCCCGUCCGCUUCCCCGCGCCGCUGGGCGGACAGCAGCAGGUCGCGGGCGGUGGUAGCGCGAUGCCCGCCGGCGUGCGCACGGUGAGGUGGGUGAACCCCAUGUUCGGCGCGGGGGAGGAGGGCAGCGCGGAGAGCGAGCAGGAUGCGGUUGCUGAAGAGGCGGGGAUAGAGGCGGGGGCAGGGGCAGGGGCAGGGGCAGGGGCAGGGGCAGGGGCAGGGGCAGGGGCAGGGGCAGGGGCAGGGGCAGGGGCAGGGGCAGGGGCAGGGGAAGGGGCAGGGGCAGGGAGGGAUGAGGUGAUAGAAGAUAAGGGGGGUGGAGGUGCGAAUGAGAGGGAGGAUAGUGAGAUGCAGGAUGGGCGGCAGUUUGGGGGGGAGGAUGGUGGGAAGGGUGAGGGUCAGUCCGCGACAUGGUAUGAGGGGGAAGGGGAAGGGGAGAAGGGGGAGGAGGAGGCGGCGGAGGAGGAGGAGGAGGGAGAGGAGGAGGGAGAGGAGGAGGGAGAGGGGGAGGAGGGAGAUGGGGAGAAGGGUUCGUGGCUGGGUGAGAGGUGUGAUGCGAGGAGGGGAUUGGUGAGGUGCCAUGACACAAAACCCACCACCACCACCACCAGUAGCACCACCGUCACCACCACCAACAGCACCUCAGGCAAUUCGAUCAGAGCACACCACGAUAGCAGCUCAUCUGCACCGCCGCCCGCAGUCAUUGACGCACCAUUCGCCUUCCCCGUCCUCCUCGCAUGCCCCGAAUCCCCCGAUGAUAUCCCCCUCUUGCCUUCCGCCGCCCCCAGCCCCUCCACCUCCUCCCCCACUAGCCCCGUCCCUUCCGCGGACCCUAUACCACCCGCUGUUUCCUUCAUUCCCCACGAAGAUCCCCUCGUUUCCGCCUUCCCCUCAAGCCUCGGCUUCCCCGUAAACUCCGCGUUCCCCUUAGCCCCCAUCUCCGCUCUGUCCGCGGCUUUCGCUCCGCGCGCCUCCCCGCCGCCUCCACGCCCACUUUCUGCCACUGGGCAGGAGAGCGACGACGAAGGGGGGUGCGUGAGCGGACUUAUCGCAGCCGCAGCAGCAGUAGCAGCUGAAGGGGAUGACGGCGGCAGUGGCGCUGGCGACGGUGGCGGUGGCGGCGGCGGCGGCGGCGGCGGCGGCGGCGGCGGCGGUGGUGGUGGUGGUGGUGCUGGCGCUACUACCGCUGGUGCUACGACUGUUGCCCCUGUGGAUGGCAGUGGUAACGACGGUGUUGCUGUGGGGGAUGAAACCACGGGUGACACAAGCGACGCAAGAAAUGACUCAGGCGACGCAGGGGAAGGCGGAGGGGAAGGCGGAGGGGAAGGCGGAGAGGGAGGCGGAGUGGGUGGCGGAACGGAGGCCGAAGAGGAAGGCGGAGGAUGCAGCGAAGGGGAAAGCGGAGGUGGAGGCGAGGGGAAGGCGGAGGGAUUGGCGGGGGAGCUCUUGCGGUUAGGGGCGAGUGCGGAAUGGGGGCUUGCGGGGUGGUUCAGGGGCGCGGGGAGCGUGUGGGAUUCCGGAGAUGGCGGGGGGAGGGGGAGGGGAAGCGCGGGGCAGGAGUGGGAUGGUGGGAGUCAGGGAGUUGCGAGUGUGACGUCAUCGUUAGAGGGACCGUUCGCCUUCCCCCUAUCGCUGGUCCGCGACCCCUCGUCCUCCCCUCGCCUGUUCGGGUGGGCGUGGGGGGGCAGCGGCGCAAGGGGCGCGUGCGCGGACGGCGGAGACGCGGGAAGUGAAUUGCUUGCAGAGGAGGCGGACGUACUAGCGGGGGAGAGGCAGGGGGAGGAGGAGGGGGAGCGAGAGGCGGAGGGGGAGGGCGAGGGGAUGGGGGAAGGGGAGGGAUUGGAGGAGGAAGGGGACGGGGAAAGGGAGGAGGAAGGUGUGGAAGAGGGAGAUGACAGGAGGCUCUGGGGUGAGAGCCGGCUAGACGCGGGUGGGGGGAAGGGUGGUGCGGAGGGCGGAGAGGACAUUGGGGAAGGGGAGAAACCAGUGCGGCGGGAGGAAAAGGGGGAAGCAGAGGUGCAAGCGAUUGAGGAGGAGUGCACAUGGGGGGAGGUGAGGGCGAAGGCGGAGGGGGAUGAGACGGGGGAGACGGGGAUGAGCGAGAGAGGCAGCAGAGGCGAGGGCGGAGAAAUAGGAGCAAGGGGAGACGAUGGGGUGAUGUCAGUGGUACUGGUGAGUAGUGCGGAGGAGAGCAGAGAAGCAGGUGGUGAGAGGUUGACGGGUGGGAAGGGAGGGGAACGGGAGGUGCGUGGUGGGUUGGGGCAAAGGCAGAUGAUUGGUAAUGGAGAGGAUAGUGGAGAAAGGAGAGGAGAGGGAGAUGGAGAUGGAGAGGGAGGUGGAGAGGGAGGUGGAGAGGGAGGUGGAGAGGGAGGAGCAGAGAGAGGAGGAGAGGGUGGAGCGGCGGUGGCAGCAGCAGGAGGGGAAGAGGAGACGAAAAGGGACGAGUCAGGAAGGGGCACGGACGGCAUGUGGUCGGGGCUGGGCAGUGGAAUGGUGGCUGCAGCAGCGGCGUUCGGUGGGUGGAAUGGCCUCACACGCCUGGCCAAGAUGCGAGCACGCAGGGGGGCGGCAGACCGAGACAGAGACAGAGAAAGAGAAAGAGACAGAGAAGACGUGUCGGAGGCUGGGCACGUGGGUGCAGGCAUGGGCUUGGGCGUGGGCAUGGGGAUGGGGAUCGGUACGGGGAUGGGCAUGGGCAUGGGUAUGGGUGCAGGUGAAGCAGGGGAGGAUGCGUUUUCGCAGAGCAAUGCGGAUGAGGAGGAGGAUGCGAUGGGGUCAUCGUCUCACGUGCUCAUUGAACCGGGGCUGGACCUUGCCAGGCUGGACAUGGUCGCUCUUGACGUGGCAUCCUCUGCUGCUGACGUGGAAGAGGAAGAGGACGAUGGCGCUGUUGCUAGUGCCAGCGCUGGUGCUGCUACUGCUGCUGCUGCUGCCGGUGGCGGUGACGGGGACAUGCUGCUGGGGGGAGUGAGAGGGGUAGGAGGAGUCUGGGAAACAAGGGGGAGACACGUGGUUUUAGACGGAGACGAGACAACUGGAAAGGUAUGCUUGUUUAGGGAGGAGGAGGAGGAGUGGGAGGAUGAAGCGAGUGAGGGGGGUGGAGGAGAAUAUGGUGGAGGUGAUGGGUUCGACUUUGGGGGCACUGGAAGAGAGGUGGGGAUAGGGGAGGGAGAAGCUGCGGAUGAGGAGGAAAUGGGUGUGGCAUUCGGUGAUAGCCGUGAUGGGGGGAGGACUUAUGAUGAGGAAGAGGAGGAGAGGGAGGCGGAGGGGGAGGAGGAAGGGGGCCAGGGGAGAGGAGAUGCGGUGGAUUUGGAGGGUCCGGAAGGGGAAAGCGAAGUGGAAGAGGAGAGAGGAGGAGACGAGCGAGGAGGAGACGAGAGGGAAGGGAACGAGGAGGGAAAGGGAGACAGUAGGGAGCGGGGAGAGGAGGAUAGGGAGGUGCGGAAGGGAAGGAAGGGGGAAAAGGAUGGGGAGGAGGGAAUGACGCAAAGGGAAGAGGAAACGGAGGAUGGGGAGCAGGAAGAGAAGGAGGCGGAGGAAGAAACGAAGGAAGAAGGACAGAAUGAGAUUCGGGACGGGCAUGAGGCUGCAAGCCAAACGCAGUUGACAGCAGCAGCGGCGGCACGAGAUGGCAUGGGGGCACGAGACGGAGAGUACGGCACAGCAGGGAGGCAGGGGGGUGAUGAUUGGGCUCGAGACCUCUGCUCCGUUGCUGUUCAACACCCACUCACUGCUGCUCACCUCUCCCCACAGCGUUCACUGCCUUCAGAAGCACGGCCUGAACCUGGUCGCAGUGAGGGGUGCGUGGGUGGCAGGAAGAGGAGGCGGGAGGAGUGUGCGGUGGGAGUGAGGGAGGUUGCAGCACGGCAGCAGGAGGCGCAGGAGGGUGGAGGGGAGGAGGGUGAGAGGCUGGAGGGGUGGGAGGCGGGAGGGAUAGAGGGGAAAGCUGUGGAGGAAUGGAAGGAGGUGGAUCGAGAGGAGGACGAGGAUGAGGAGGAAGAGGGGCAGCAGGAAGAGGAGGGGGAAGAGGAGGAGGAAGGGGAGGAAGAUGGGGAAGGGUUGCUGGCGAUGAUGAGAGGGAGUGGAGCGAGUGGUAGAGAAGUGGCAGAGGGCAAAAUGACCAUUAGAUUAGAGGGAGGAAUGGAGCUGUUGGGCUCAUUGCAUUCCACCGACGCUCAUGCUGAUGCUGAUACUGAUACUGAUGCUGGUGCUGAUGCUGAUGUUGAUGGGGGAAAGGACGAUGGGUGGAGGCAUAACUAUGGUGGUGGUGGCUGGAGUGGCGAGGGCACCAGCAGCACAGAGUCGGACCGGGCGAGUGGGGAAGGAGGGGGGGAGAUCACAGACUCACGUUCCGGGUCGACUGAAACGGUUGAGAGUAUAGAGUACGAUGGUCGCAGAAGCAAUUGCACUGCUCGUUCGUUGCACCCUCUCGCUGUCCCUGAGGCUUCUCCUGCGGUGAGCCUCCGUGAUGCGGACUGGGGGGAUGGGCGUGAGUGUGUGCAUGGUGAUGCAGUAGCUGCCCUCGAGGGGGCAGUGGUGCCACGGACUCUGCUGCCGGUGCUGCUGCUGCCGCCAUCACCGGCACCACCACUGGCACCACCGGCAACACAGGUUCCUGAAGGCGCAACACGAUUGGUCGAGCCAGGGCUGACAGCAGAAGUAGCAACAGCAAGGAUAAAGGCCGCAGCACCUGUUACUGCGGAUGAUGCAACUGAGUGCAUUACUGAGCUGGGCGAGUCCCUGGAGAGUGCAAGCAUGCAGCAGGAGGCGUGGGAGAUGAAGGCCAGACGUGCAGAGGUGGAGGUGGGGGCGCUCAGGCGACAGCUAUCGCAGUCAACCGCAGUCAGGGAGCAUGUGAGCGCAGGUCUGAAGCAGCAGGUGCAGGUGGAGCGGCAGAGGAGAGGGCGGGAGAGAGGGGCGCAGGUGGAGGAGAGGCAGCAGUGGGUGCAGGCCGUGAUGCGCCUCAGAGCUGCUGUUAACCCGCGCCUGGCGCAUACAGGAGGAGUGGGGCGAGGAGCGUGGGGAGGAGUAGAGGGGCGAGGGGGGGAGGGAGGAGGGCUGGGGAGAGGAAGAGGAGCGGUGCUGACGGGGUUUGGGAGGGGUGGUGGGGGGUUGUUACCUGGGGUUGGUAUGGGAGAGACCGGGAGGGGUGCAGGAGAAGGGGGUUUGUAUGGAGGAGAUAGAGGUGAGGGAUGGGAGGGGGGAGAGGGAAGUGGAGUUGGCUCUCACAGCAGCAGCACGAGUCUGGUUGCGUUCAAAAGCAGCAGCAGCAGCAGCAGCAGCGCCCUUGCCACAAGUGCAGGCGGUUACAGUGCUGCGAGUGGAGGUUACUGGGCUGGUUCAGACGGUGAGGAGAACGGAGAGGUAGGGGAAGGGGAGGAGGCGGCAGCAGGGAGUGACACGCUGCGGGUGAUUCAGGCAGUUCUGGACCUCAUGCAGGUGGGAGCUUCCAGGAAGGUGCUGCUUGGGGAGGUGGGAGAGGAGGCAGGUGGUAAAAUGGAGGGAUGUAAACGGUUGGCUCUGGGUGCAUGUGAGGGGACUUUUGAGUCGACUAAAAUGGAGGGAUGUAAACGGUUGGCUCUGGGUGCAUGUGAGGGCUCGCAGAGGGAUUGUGAAGAGGGGGGAGGUGGUGCUGGGGAUGAGUUGAAGCCGGUGGAGUGCGGUUUUGAGCGAGAGGUAGAGGGGAGAGAGGAGGAGGUGGGUGUGGGAGGAGGAGGAGAAUGGGAUGGCGAUGUGGAGGUGAUGGGAGAUGGUGAGGGGAGAGGCGGAUUGAGAUGCCAGGAUGACGAUGUGGAAGCAGAGGUAGAUGCGGUGGGGCAGGAUGAGGAUGAGGAGGACGAAGAGGAAGAGGAGGAUGACUACGAAUAUGAGGAGCAUGAGGAGGAGAGAGAGAGUGAGGAAGAGGAGCAAGGGGAGAACGUGUCAAAGGAAGAGGUAGACGGGGAAGAGGAGUGUGAAAAUGAAGAUGAAGUGGAAUAUGCAGGGAGGGAGGAGGAGGAGGAGGAGGAGGAGGAGGAGGAGGAGGAGGAGGAGGAGGAGGAGGAGGAGGAGGAGGAGGAGGAGGAGGAGGAGGAGGAGGAGGAGGAGGAAGAAGAGGAAGAGGACGAGGAAGAGGAAGAGGGAGAAGAGAAAGAGGCAUUGGAGCAGGAAGAGGAAGACGGGGAGGAAGGGGAGGAAGACGGGGAGGAAGGGGAGGAAGAGGAGGAGGAAGGGGAGGAAGGGGAGGAAGAGGAGGAGGAAGGGGAGGAAGAGGAGGAAGGGGAGGAAGGGGAGGAAGAGGAGGAGGAAGGGGAGGAAGAGGAGGAGGAAGAGGAAGAAGAGGAGGAGGAAGAGGAAGAGGAGGAAGAGGAGGAAGAGGAGGAAGAGGAGGAAGAGGAGGAGGAAGAGGAGGAGGAAGAGGAGGAAGAAGAGGAGGAAGAAGAGGAGGAGGAAGAGGAUGAGGAGGAUGAGGAUGAGGAGGAGGAAGAGGAGGAAAAAUUGUUGAGAGUAGCGUUGGAGAGGGAGACGUUGAGGCAGAAGGAGGAGGAGCUGGAAAGGCAGCAAGCGAGAGGGAGGAAUGCUGUUGCUGGGAAGGGCAGAGAGUGGAGGGGUGUGGUAGAGAGGGUGAGUGAGAACGAGGAAGACGGUCAGCUGGAUGGUGGUGAAGAGUGGAGGACACUGCAAGCUGGCGGUGAGAAUUGGCAGGCCAGGAACAGUCUUGCAGCAGGCAAGAGUGGGAAUGGAGUAGAGGCUGAGACAGGCCGGCGUCGGUCUGGAGGGAGGGGGGGGUCCUCUAGUGCUGCUGCUGCUGCUCUUCCACACCCACAAGAAUCUGCUUCAGGAGUAAAUAGAGAAUCCUUAGUAUCCGUAGCAGCAGCAGAAGCAGCAGCAGCAGUAGCAACAGCAGCAGGGUCGCGUGGUGUUGGGGUGCGUGGGUUCCCACUCUUUGCCAUCCCUGACAUACAUCUGGAGACAGCAGAUGGUGAGGACGGAGAAGGAGGAGGAGGCCAUGAGCAUGAGACCGAUGAGUCAAUUGUGUAUUCUCUUGUGGGCUGGCCGGAUCAGCAGCAGCAGCAGCAGCAGCAGCAGCAGCAGCAGCAGCAGCGUCAUGGGGAGGAGGAGAUUGGCAAGCAGUCCGUGGCAGAGCAGGAGAGAGUAGGAAUAGGAAUGGAGGGAAGGGAUGGUGAGACUGUGAGGGGGGAGGGUAGAAGGUGGAGAGGGGUGAUGAGUCCGUGGAAGCAACGAGGACGGGGAGGAAGUGGAGGAGGCGUGGGAGGGGGCGGAAAGGAAGAGAACGGAAGGGGGGUGGUGCCUGUAGCUGUAGAGAGUAGCACUUCCAAGUUCACAGAUGUGGACGAGGCACCAUCUUCAUCAGCAAGCAGGCGCCUACCGUCCUCCCUUCCUUCCGCCUUCUCGAGUUUCCACUUCCCUCGCUAUCCCUCUCCGCGUCGUGUCUGGCCGGCUGCCUCCUCCGACCCUUCACCUGCUGCUGCUGCUAAUACUGUGAAAGGUGGUGAUGCCAAGAUCUCAGCUGCGGCUGGAACGAGUGGCAGCAGCAGCAGCAGCAGCUUGCAGUCUGGUUCAUUCAUCUCUCAUGGUAGUUUCCCCAGCAGUCGGAGCGGCAAUGGCAGCAGCAGCAGCGGCGGCGGCGGCAGAAGCACCGCCUGGGUGGGCAGCGGUGGAGGUGGCGCGCGGAGCAAGGUGGUGGGCAUGGGUGAUUCCAGAGGUGAAGGCGGCUGUUCAAGGGGUGACGGAUUUUCCACGGAUGGUAGCAGCUCGUUUCCAUCCUCAUCGUUAGUGGCGCGAGGCUUGCCACGGCCUGCUUCCCCCAUCCGAGCCCUGUUCCCACAUGGCCUCUGGUCUGGUAGCCCUAGGCGCCAGAGAGCUGUGCCGGUAGCAGGAGGAGAAACGCAGCAGUAG